AUACUCAAAGAGCUUUAUCUAUCCAGAAACAAGCUUGAUGGUCAUAUGCCUACAAGCUUGUCAAAUUGUUCACGACUUCAAAUAUUGUCUCUAUCUGGAAAUAAUUUUGAUGGACCAAUACAUAAUGAAAUUGGAAGAUUGAGUAACUUGCAGAGAUUGUAUCUUGGAUACAACCAUUUCACAGGUAUAAUUCCACAAGAAAUAGGAAAUCUUGUUAAUUUGGUGGACUUAAGCGUGGAGAAUAACCAGAUUACCGGCUCUAUCCCGAUCUCCAUAUUCAAUAUCUCAUCGCUGCAAUCAUUGUUACUGUGGGGCAACAAUCUUAGUGGAUUCUUACCACGGGAGAUUGGCAACUUAACCAAGAUGCAAUUCUUAAAUCUUAAGGAAAAUAGGUUUACUGGUACGUAUUCAAAGUUAUAG